UAAAAAAUGAUAGAAUCGGAGGAUCUCUUAAAAGACAAAUAAAAAAAUGAUAAGUGGAAGGAGAAUACGGCCGCCUAUCACACAGAGAGGAUCAUCUCUAUCCAUGCAGUCAUUAUCGAGUUCUACGUCUUCAAUUCCUAGUAAUGAACCAUCAUCUCCAAAUCAGAAAUCACAUGAAAAAAAAGCAUCACAAGUGCAAUUAUCAGAACCAAUACCUAUUAUAACAAAGAAAAAGAAGUCAUACGAGAAUAACAAUGAGAUAAACAAUGGAGAAACAAACAUCCAGGUAGUAGUAAGAUGUCGUGGACGAAGUAAACGAGAAAUACGGGAAAAUAGUUGUAGUAUUGUUUCAACAGAAGGACCUCGUGGGAGAGAAGUAUGUGUUCAAACUAGUCCUUUAUCGCAAAUGAAUACAAGGACAUAUACGUUUGAUCGUGUUUUUGGACCAGAAGCAGAUCAAGCAAUGAUAUUUGAUGACGUUGUUCUUCCGAUACUUAGAGAGGUUUUGGAUGGUUACAAUUGUACUAUAUUUGCGUACGGACAGACUGGAACAGGGAAAACCUAUACUAUGACGGGUGAUAUGUCAGAUAAUUAUGGUAUCCUUUCAGAUACCUCUGGAAUAAUACCAAGAACACUUUAUCGCUUAUUUAGUAUUCUUGAGACAGAAAACACAGAAUAUUCAGUUAAAUGUUCAUUUAUUGAACUUUAUAAUGAAGAACUUCAUGAUUUGUUAUCGAUCGAAGAUAAAAAAGUAAAAAUUUUUGAAGAUACAGUGAAGAAAGGAAUAGUAAUAAGUGGCAUGGAGGAUAUUCCUAUCACAAAUUCAUCAGAUGGAAUAAAAUUACUUCAAAUGGGAAGCCAUAAACGCCAAGUUGCAGCAACAAAAUGUAAUGAUCUUUCGAGUCGUUCGCAUUCUAUUUUUACGAUUACUAUGCAUAUUAAAGAUAUUACAGAAUUUGGAGAAGAUCUUUUGAGAGUAGGAAAGCUUAAUUUAGUAGAUCUUGCUGGCUCAGAAAACAUUGGGCGUUCAGGUGCAGAAAAUAAACGUGCUCGUGAAGCAGGAAUGAUAAAUCAAAGCCUUUUGACACUCGGAAGAGUAAUAAAUUCCUUGGUAGACAAAUCGCAACAUAUUCCAUAUCGUGAAUCAAAAUUAACACGUCUUUUACAAGAUUCAUUAGGUGGAAGAACUAAAACAUGCAUUAUUGCAACUAUAAGUCCUGAAAAGAUUAAUCUGGAAGAAACAAUAAGUACAUUAGAAUAUGCAAAUCGAGCAAAAAGUAUCAAAAACAAGCCUCAAGUUAAUCAGAUGAUGACAAAGAAAACGCUUAUUAAAGAAUAUAUUCAAGAUAUAGAAAGACUAAAAAAUGACUUAAAUGCAUGUCGUCAAAAAACAGGCAUUUAUCUUGCAGAAAGCUCAUAUAAAGAACUCACAGAAGAGAAUCAAUCUAAUAAAGCGUUGGUAGAAGAGCAACAACGAAAGAUAGAUGCUUUGGAAUCAUCAUUAAGAUCAACUCGAGAACAAUUUGAGCAAAACAUGAAGCUUUUCAUACAAACCAAAAAGGAUUUAGAAAAAACAUCUAAAACCUUGGAAGACACGAAAAAUACCUUAAAAAAAACAGAAGUUGAUCUUGUAGAUACUAAACAACAUUUAAAUGAAGAAACUGUUCUUAGGAAAGCUCAUCAAGCUACGGAAUGGGAACUUGAUAUUAUAGCAAAUGAACUUCAUUCUACUCUUAAAAAAACAAUUGUUGAUAUUAAUAAUUUACAUGAAAAAAUUGAACGCAAGACAGACAUUGAAUCUUCAAAUAAAAUAUUAUGGAAUGAAACAAAAUCUCAUAUAAUUAGAUUUAUGGAAGAUCUCGAUAAUAAUAUAACUAAAUAUCAUUUAUUUCAAUUUCAAUAUUCAGAUAAACUAGAAAAUGAAAUUACAGAAUUCGUUACAAAAGAAGUAGAACAUAUUGAUGAUAAUUUCCAAUUCAUAGAUCAACAACUUUUGAGCUUUGAAAAUAGGCAUGCUGAAAUUUCUAAUGAAAUAAAUGCAGCAAAAUAUGAAACAAAUAGCUUUUUGGAAGAAAUCAAGAAACUUAAAGAAAAAAUCAAAUUAAGACUCAAAGAUGGGUUUAAAAACAUGAGAAAAACAACAGAAAAAAUUUCGGAGGAAGUUUUUGGGGAAAUGGUAAAAUUUCAACAACAGAUCCAUAAUUCAUAUAGCCAAUUGGGACAUGAUAUGAAAUCCGUAUUUGAUGAUACUGAAAAGCACAUUACUACACAAGCGACAGAGAUUCAAAAUUUAAAAUCAGAUAUUUUAGGAUUAUCUCAAUCUAUAAAAAAUAAAAUAUUUCAGAUAUCUGAUCACUUUAAAAAAUCAUUAUCUGAAGAACAAAAGAAAAGUUCAGAAGAGAAAAUAGAAUUGUUAAAUCAUAUAUCUUGUCUUAUUAAUAGUUUUUUUGAAAAACAAAACGAACGACAAAUUGCUCAAUUUGAUUAUACUCAAUCAAGUAUAGAUGACGUAUCUACAAGUAUUGAUGAAAUGGUUUCUACUUUUUCUAAAAAAAUUGAUAUUUGGUCUGCAAAAGAAGGUCUUUUUGUCAAGAAAUUAACGAACUCAAAAGAGGAUAUUAAAAACAAUGUCAUAUUAUCAGCAAAAAAUUCUGACGGAAAAGGCGCAGCUAUUCAAGACAAUAUUCAAGCAAUUUAUUCAGAAAUUCUACAGCUAAUUGAUGCUCAAAUGCAAGACGUAAAUACUCAAAUACAUGUUUUCGAUAACGUUAUCACUAAAGCACAUUCGCAGAACUCUCUUCAUUAUAGUGCAUAUAUACAAAAUAAUGAUUCUAUAUUUGAUGAUAUUAAGAAUUCCUAUCAAAAAUUAAAAGUAAAAGUAAAUGAUAUUAAAGAAGAUAUUGAUAAACAUUCAUAUUUUGUUAAUGAUUUAACCAAAAAUCAAAAAUCGGAAAACGAUUUUCAUAAAGACUCUAUUAUUUCUCAAAUAACAGCCAGUCAUAAUAAGAUUUUAUCAGCAUCCAUAAAAAAUGAAGUUUUAACAGGUAAAACACCAAAAAAAUGCAACUACGAAUAUCCAGCUUCAUGGAAGCUUACAAAACCCCAUGAGGAAAUACUUAAACAAUUAAGAAAAGGGCCUCUUUCGGAAAUUGAUACAAAUAUAGUUUCUGUUGAAAAUUCCAAAUAUCUGGAAUCUAAAGAUUUGGAAAAUAAUACUGUAGAAGAAAAAUCCAGCGGAUUAUGCGUCGAAAUACAUUCUAAUUCAAGCGAGAAACUAUGUAAUGUAAAUGCAAAACCAUCAACGAAUGUAGAGAAUCAUGAAGAUGAAUUUAAAUCAAAAAUUCGAAAACGUACCUACCAAAUGGUUUAAUAUAAUAUAGUUAUAAUACAUAAUCCUAAAGCAUUAAAGGCUACA